AUAUGAAAGUGCACUGUGAUAUACGCUUUACCAACAGUACUCACGGAUCUUACCUCAGUGGACAACAGUUGACGGGAGAGGUCCAGAUCAAGCUGACCGAGCCAAAACGGUUUAACGAAAUCACGCUCCGGAUCGUCGGAUACACCAGUAUAAAUUGGUCAGAAAAGCGAGGCCAGGGCAAACGAAGACGCACGGUUUACUACAGCGCCAGACGUGAUCAUCUCUCAUCGCAGAAGAUACUGUUUCCACCGCAACAGAAUGGAAACCCCGCAGAACUGCCAGCCGGAGAACACAUGUACCAGUUUGCCUGCGAACUACCGUCCAGUUUGCCAACCUCAUUCGAAGGAACGUACGGACACUGUCGCUACACCGCCCAGGUGGUGUUGAAUCGGCCCUGGAAAUUUAACCUUACGCACAAAGUCGGUUUCACCGUCGUUCAGCCGCGCGAUCUAAACCUCCAAGCACCCUCCAUCCGUAUGCCCACCCAGAUGGAAGAUGCGCGCGUCUUUUGCUGUGGCUUUUGGCGCACGAAACCUUUGUUCGUGCGGGUAACCGUACCCUGCACCGGUUACGUACCCGGGCAGGCGAUUCCGCUCACGAUCAAUCUGGACAAUCGUUCAUCCCGCCUCAUCGAGGGUGUGAACAUGAAGCUACAGCAGGAGGUAAUAUACCGUGCAGAGUCACCUUCGCCCAAACACCGCCGAGAGGUGCACACGAUCGUCAAACACAUUGGGAAUGGUGUUGAGGCUGAAGCGACGAAUCAGUACAUACAGCGGCUUGUAGUGCCAACCGUCGUACCGACGUGCGGUGAUCAGAAUCUCAUUUCCGUAUCCUAUCGCUUACAUUUGACGGUGCGUGUUCAGGGUUGUGGAUCCGAUCCGGUGCUCGAGAUACCACUUAUCAUCGGAACGACACCAUUAAUACCGGAUCAGCCGGCAACGGUUGCCGUUCCGGUGGUGGCUGGUGAUGCUAGUGCCCCACCGCAAAGCGUUGGAUUUAACUUUGGCAAUGUUCCAGCACAGCUGCCAUCUGCCAGCGGUAUCAUGCGCCAAAACACACUGCCACCGGAGUAUCUUCCACCACCAACGUACGAAGAAGCGAUGAAUGCAGCGGCCGUAGUGAUAACCGACGACACGGACACACAUGCGAUAGGCAGCACAAAACCGUACAUACCGCUCUAUCCAUCGUACAACUUUAGCGGUAUCCAGUGGCCUCCUCUGCCACCGGGUUCGACUUUGCCACAGCCAUCACUUCCACCGAAACAGUGA